UAGGUAUCCCGGUUUUUUCUUUAUUUUUUUUUUUUAAAAAAUUAUGUGGAAAAUACGUGGCUCACCCCUGUCUCAAUUAAACACCCUCACCCUCAAUUAAACACUCUCAAAGCUCAAUUAAACACCCUCAUACCAAGAUCGUUGUGUAGGGUUUUCUCAGUCGAAGGUUUCUUUGAGAUCGAUCAUGGCUGGUCCGUCUAAUACAAAAGGAUCAACUUACAUUCAAGUAGAUGUUCAUUACGAUGGAAUGUUUUCCCCCAUUCCUCAUCUUAUAUACUACUUGAAUCAAAAAACAUCAAUUACAGAUGUCGAUUUUGGUGGAUUAAAUUUCAAGGAGUUCAUUUAUGUUCUUGAGGAUGUCACAAAGGGGAAGUGUCCUGUUGUCUACUACUGUCUUGGGCAUAAGUCAAUGCGUGAUGGGUUGACACCACUGAAAAAUGAUGAUGACUACAGGAGGUUUCUUGAUGCUGCACAUGGUAACGAAGGAAAGAUUAAUGUAUAUAUUGAUCACUACAACGAUUCGGUGCUUGACUGGAUAGAGGAAGAAAAGGAAGAAAAAGGUGUUGAUAGUGAAAGCUCUGAUGAAGAUAAAGACUCGGUCAUGUCUGAUGCUCUAUCUGUUGAUCAUGAACCCGAUGAAGAGGUAACACCAUUGACUAAAUCCGAUGAUCCCCUUCUUAACUAUAUUAGUGUUGUCCCUAGAGAUGAUUUUGUUGAUGAGGAUGAUGAUUCAGAUAAUGGAACCAAAGAAGCCCCGAUUUAUCCUUUUCAUGACACAACUCAGAAAUGGGAUACAAUGCAACCCAUCCUUGGUAUGAGGUUUUGUAACCCUCAAGAACUUAAACAGCUUGUCUCAAACUAUGCAGUAGCAAACGGUUAUAACCUUUGGUAUGAAAAAAUUGAUAAAACUAGGUUGCUAGUCAGGUGUUGUAAAACUAGUGAAGGAAAGGCAGCAUGUCCUUUUAGACUAUGGGCUACUUGGAUGAGCAAUGAAAAGUCAUUCCAAAUUAAGUCCUUAAUUAAUGAGCAUAACUGUGCUAGAACCUUCAAGUUUGGGUCAGUUGUUACUUACUCAUGGAUAGGGAAACAUUUUGUUAAUGAUAUUUUAGAAAAUCCCAAAAUGAGUUGCAGGGAAAUGAGGGAUAAAGUUGGGGAAAAUUUCAAUGUGAAGGUUAGUCUUGGACAAUGCAGGAAUGCAAAGAAGUUUGCACUUAAUGAGAUCGAAGGCAGUUUGAACACACAUUAUGAAAAAUUAUGGAGUUAUGGAGCUGAGAUAUUAAGAGCUAAUCCAGGGUCAACAGUGAAAAUUGGGACGGAUACAAUGCCUGAUUCCACAAUUUAUUUUUCUAGGAUGUAUGUUUGUAUCAAAGGUGUAAAGGAUGGUUGGAUUGAAGGAUGCAGGAGAGUUAUAGGUGUAGAUGGUUGCUUUUUAAAAGGUAUUUGCAGAGGUGAGCUUCUUUCAGCUGUAGGUAGAGACGCUAACAACCAUAUUUACCCCAUUGCUUGGGCAGUAGUUGCAGUUGAGAACAAAGAAACUUGGAAGUGGUUUCUAAACUUACUACUUAAGGACAUUAACAUGGGAAAUGGGGCAGGAUUAACCUUACUUUCUGACCAACACAAGGGUCUUAUUGAGGCUGUUAAAGAAAGAGUACCAGAUGCUGAGCAUAGGCAAUGUGCUAGGCACGUGUAUGCUAAUUUCAAGAAAAAAUUUAAGGGUGCUGCAUAUAGGAAGCUUUUUUGGAGGGCUGCAAAGGCCACAACUAUGCAAAGGUUUGAAGGUAUAAUGAAAGAGAUUAGGGUGAUUGAUGUACAAGCAUAUGAUCACUUGAUGGAAAGAGAUCCAAAAUCCUGGUCUAGGGCUUUUUUUGUAUUGGACAGGUCUUGUGAUGCCAUUGAGAAUGGUAUUUGUGAAUCUUUUAAUGCUGCAAUUGUGCAUGCUAGGAAAAAGCCGAUUAUAGCAAUGUUAGAGGAAAUUAGGAGGUUUGUGAUGGAUAGGAUGUAUUGUAAAAGAUUGAAGGGGCAGAAAUGGAAUCUAGCCAUAUGUCCAUCUAUUAGAAAGAAAAUAGUGGACAAGAGAAAACAUCUAAGGUAUAUAUACUUUAUUUUAUAG